GGUUGACGCAGUUGACGCCAUAGAGGCAGUAAAGUUGUUGUGUAUUCGGUUUCUUAGUAGGUUAUACUGGUUUUAUUCAAUAAAUACGCGAAUGAUAUUCGCUAUACUUUAAGUGUAUCAUUAGAAUUUUAAAAUGGGUGAUAUAAAAUCUUUUCUUCAUCAAUGGUGCGCAAAAACUUCAAAAGAACCACAAUUUGAUGUGAGACCCACAGGUCCAAAACAUAGACAGCGUUUUCUUUGUGAACUUCGUGUAUCUGGCUUCGAUUAUGUCGGUGCAGGAAACUCAACCAACAAAAAAGAUGCACAGGGAAAUGCAGCAAGAGAUUUUAUUAAUUAUUUAGUCCGUACAGGACAUGUAAAUGCUGAUGAUGUUCCAAAAGAUGCAGGCACAGUUCAGCCACGAGAUACAGGACCUAGCAAUUCAGAAUGUUUUACACCACUAAGAUCUGUGUUCCAAGAUGGAAUGGGUCCAAAUGAUAUAGGUCCAGCAUAUAGACCUUACAGUGAACAUGGUCAUGGCAAUUAUACAUAUAUGGACAGAAUAGCAGAUCAGAAAAAGGUUGAAGAUGCAGAAGAUGUUGAUGUAAAUUCUGGAAUUCAUGGGAAUUGGACUAUUGAAAAUGCUAAAUCAAAGCUUCAUCAAUUUAUGCAAUCUAACAAAAUUAAUGCUGAUUACAAGUAUACCCCAAUGGGUCCUGAUCAUACGAGGAGCUUUAUGGCUGAACUAUCAAUUUAUGUGAAACAACUUGGGAGAAAUGUCACUGGUCGUGAAACUGGUUCAAACAAGCAGACCGCAUCAAAAAGUUGCGCUUUGUCUCUCGUUCGGCAAUUAUAUCAUCUUGGCGUCAUCGAGGCAUUCAGUGGUACUCUAAAGAAAAAUAAAGAAGGAGAACAAAUCAAGCCUUAUCCAGUAAAGAUUUCACCAGAGUUGGAAGCUCAGAUUCAUGAUGUUUUAUCAAGUUUAGACAUAAAACCUGUUGCAGUAAAUAAAUUACCUAUAAAAUCAGAAGAUGAUCAAUCUAGCACUGGUGUCUCUUUAAUAACAAAUCAAGUAUUGGAUGAUUUUAUUUCAUCCGUUCCACAACCUGCUGGUGUAGUGAGUUGGUCUCCGCCGCAACAAAAUUGGAAUCCAUGGACUGGCUGCAAUAUAGAUGAAGGACCAUUAGCUACUAUAACUUUAGAGCAAAUGUCAGAUGAUUUGCAACAUGAACAACGAGAGAGAUUGCAGCAAGAUGACAAUCUGCAAAAGAGUAUUAAAGAAAGAUCCACUUUGCCAGUCUUCUUAAAGAAAGGCGAAAUAAUGAACGCUAUAAACGAAAAUCCAGUGAUAAUUAUUCGAGGAAACACAGGCUGUGGUAAAACAACUCAAGUAUGUCAGUUUAUUUUGGAUGAUUAUAUCGCAUCAGGUCAAGGUGGAUUUUGCAGUAUUGCAAUUACGCAACCUAGAAGAAUAUCUGCUGUGUCUGUAGCUGAUCGAGUUGCUGUCGAAAGAUGCGAAUGUUUGGGACAAUCUGUUGGUUAUUCUGUAAGAUUUGAAUCUUAUUUGCCGAGACCCUAUGGUAGUAUAAUGUUCUGCACCGUUGGUGUGCUUCUGAAGAAAUUGGAAGGUGGCUUAAGAGGUGUAUCACACGUUAUAGUUGAUGAAAUUCAUGAACGAGAUGUAAAUUCUGAUUUCAUUAUGGUAGUUCUUCGCGAUAUGAUUCAUAUGUAUCCAGAUUUGCGAAUUAUUUUAAUGUCGGCUACGAUCGAUACAUCAUUGUUCAGUAAUUAUUUCAACAAUUGUCCCGUAAUAGAAAUACCAGGUCGGGCAUAUCCUGUGCAGCAAUAUUUCUUAGAAGACUGUAUACAAUUAACGAAUUUUGUACCACCUAUGGAUUCUAGAAAACGCAAAAGUCGCGAUUCAGAUGAUCUGCCAACUGAAGGAGAAGCGGACGAAAAUUUGAAUAAGGUCGUUAGCGGAGAAUAUUCUAUACAAACAAAAAAUGCAAUGUCGCAACUUACGGAAAAAGAGAUCAGUUUUGAACUUAUAGAGGCUCUUCUGAAAUAUAUCAAGGAUCAAGGUAUACCAGGUGCCGUACUGAUCUUUUUACCUGGUUGGAAUUUAAUAUUUGCAUUAAUGAGACAUCUACAAAUGCACCCCGUUUAUGGAGGAUCGAGUUACAUAAUUAUACCAUUGCAUUCGCAAUUACCUAGGGAAGAUCAGCGUAAAGUUUUCGAUCCUGUGCCACCAGGAAUCACGAAAAUCAUUUUAUCCACAAAUAUCGCUGAAACAUCUAUUACGAUUAACGAUGUAGUCUACGUAAUAGAUUCUUGCAAAGCUAAAAUGAAACUCUUUACUUCACACAAUAAUAUGACAAAUUACGCCACUGUUUGGGCGAGUAAAACGAAUUUGGAGCAAAGAAAAGGUCGAGCAGGUCGCGUCAGGCCAGGAUUUUGUUUCCAUUUGUGCUCCAGGGCACGUUAUGUUAAAAUGGACGAACAUAUGACUCCAGAAAUGUUUAGGACACCUUUGCAUGAAUUAGCGUUGAGUAUUAAAUUACUAAGAUUAGGUAGCAUUGGAAAGUUUUUGUCGAAAGCAAUUGAAUCGCCACCUAUAGACGCUGUAAUUGAAGCUGAAGUUAUAUUACGCGAAAUGAAGUGUUUAGAUGAAAACGAUGAAUUAACGCCACUUGGUAAAAUAUUGGCUCGUUUACCUAUCGAGCCACGUUUAGGCAAAAUGAUGAUUCUCGGUUGCAUGUUUCGUGUCGGUGAUGCACUUUCAACAAUGGCUGCAAACAGUACCACAUUUCCAGAAGUAUAUAAUAUGGGACCCGACUCUAGACGGUUGACUGCUCAACAAAAAUGGUUUGCUGGUGCAAGGUACAGCGAUCACGUGGCGAUGCUACACGCAUUCCAAGCAUGGGAAGAAGCUAGAGAUGGCGGAGAAUAUGCAGAACAAGCAUUUUGUGAUUCGAAAAAUUUAAGCUUGCCUACAUUAAGGGUUACAUGGGAAGCUAAGAAUCAAUUGUCAUCGCUUCUACAAAGUGCUGGGUUUCCGGAAGAAACUCUUUGUCCUACACCGUUAAAUUAUCAAGCAGGCGCGGAUGUUCGGCUUGACACAAUUACUGCUUUGUUAUGUAUGGGGCUUUAUCCAAAUGUUUGUUAUCAUAAAGAAAAAAGAAAAGUUCUUACUACUGAAUCGAAAGCAGCUCUAAUUCAUAAAACAUCAGUGAACUGUAGUAAUUUUGAACAAAACUUUCCGUUUCCAUUUUUCGUAUUUGGAGAAAAGAUUCGUACAAGAGCGAUAUCUUGUAAGCAAAUGACCAUGGUAUCCCCAAUACAUCUAUUAUUAUUUGGUUCUCGAAAAGUCGAAUACAUUGACGAUGUAGUGAGGUUAGACAAUUGGAUUAAUUUAGAGAUGAAUCCGCAUCACGCAGCAGCAGUAGUGGCUUUACGACCUGCCUUGGAAAGUCUUGUUGUGAAGGCUGCAAAAGACCCAGAAACUAUUUUAGAACUAAGCCCUAUUGAUGAAAAAGUAUUAAGUUUAAUCAAAGCACUAUGCGGAAUGAAUGCCUGCCGUUACGAAAUGGAACAGAUCACAGGUGGUGGUUUUCAUUCUCGAAGGCCACCAAGAGGACAUACAGUUGGUGGUUUACUUUCGGAAGGAGGUAGUCCUCCGAAACUGAUGCGAGGUAGCGGUGGUUUUCGCGGCGCUCCUCGUGGUGGAGGCUAUGAUAAUGGUAGAGGUGGAGCUGGUUUCUCAAGAAAUAGUGAUUUCGGCGGAUACAGAGGUGGUGCGAAUAGAGGUUAUGGAAUGCAUAAUUCACGCGGAAGAGGCGGGGGAUAUUGGGGCGGUCGAGGGGGAGGUUUCCGUGGCCGUUUUUAAGUAUGUGUUUGAUCCUCGAGGUGGGAAUAGUGAAAAUUAACUACAAU